AUGACGAUCGGAUGGUACAUCUGCGCCGUUGCUGUAGUCGUUGCUGUCAAGCACGAGAAGCACAAGUCCAUGCUGACUUGCAUUGCCAACCUGGCCAUCGGCUGGCCGUUGGUGGCGCCCCUCGCUUGCUGGAAAGGCAUGCGGAAUCUGCGUGUCCAUUCCAGCAAGGUGAUGGCGAUCGCAGUCCUGGCAGGGCUGGAGAGGAACUUGACCAACUCCUCCAUGUACAAAAUCGGAGGUUCCCUGAAAACAGCCCUGCACGGCUUCAAUGUGCCCUUGGCCUUCUUCAUGGCAGCCCUGUGUGGCGUGGACGAGUUGGGGCGGAGCUGUCUGCUUGGGUGCGGCUGCAGGAACAACCUGCUGUUGACCCUGGCGCUCCUCCUCAUUUCCGGGGGCUCCAUGGUCACCGCCGCCAUUGGUGAUGGCUCAGGUGGCUCCUGGCAUGGUGACCUUUUGGGCAUCUUCCUGCAGGUCUCCUCCAGCGUGGCCUACGCCCUCAAGUUUGCUGUGGCCAAGAUGCUGUUCAAUUCUGGAGAUCCAGAGAAUGCCAUGGGCGUGGACCCAGGCUCUCUCCCUCCGUCGAAGGUCCAGAUAGCCUUUGUGGUGAAUCCGAUCACAGGCUUGAUGAGCCUGCUCUUCUUGCCUUUCUUCGAGAGCAACUUCGAGCUUCCAGCUGUGGACACGACCAUAGUGGUCGGCAUUUGUGCCACAGGCAUAUUAGUGUUCGAGCUGCUUCUGACAGAGCUAACAUCCCCGCUCACAGUGUCUGUCUUAGGAGUGAUGCACAACGUGGUUAUUGUUGGCUUCUUCACGCUCACGGGGGAGCACCUGAGCACUGGGCAGGCACAGCCAAGCGAGGUGGGCUCCUCACUUCGAGAGAAGAGGAAAUGCGGCGAGCAAACUCUGGUGUCGAAGAGGGCUUUGAAGAGUUGCAGCAACGGCUCUGAGAUGACCUGGACAGCCGAGCGUUUCGACGCGGAGGCAUUCUGCUGGACCAUCGAGCCGGUCCUGCCGCAGGUGCCUGUUCGUGUGGGGGCAACCCUUGUGUGGAGCCACCUUCAGGGGCUGGUGUCCAUCGGUGGUGUGGUUGGGGGGCAAUCCUGCCCAACAGCCUCCACAGAAUGCUUGACUCUUCAGCGCCAUGGGGAAACCAUGUGGCUCCAGAUUCCAAGCUGGAGGAUACCUCGACUGGCACCAGCAGUUGCCACUUCCACGGAGGGAAAUAUCUUUGUCAUGGGUGGCAGCCACAAGAAAGAGGCUUCCAACUUCACCGAAAUGUGGCUGCAAGAGCAGCAGUGCUGGCGAGAGCUGCCACCAAUGCUGGCUGCCCGCGAAGGCGCCUUUGCUGCGGUACUUCGGUGA